AUAAGGAGCCUCUGCCCACCCCACCUCGCACGACCACAUCCCCGACAGCCUCUUCCUCACCCCCGCCGCAUUUCACUCAUUAAUCACCAUGGCCGACGACGCGCAGCAUGAGCACACCUUCGAGAGCGCCGAUGCCGGUGCCUCGACCACGUACCCCAUGCAGUGCUCUGCGCUGAGGAAGAACGGCUUCGUGUGCAUCAAGAACCGCCCCUGCAAGAUCGUCGAGAUGUCCACCUCCAAGACGGGCAAGCACGGCCACGCCAAGGUCCACUUGGUCGCCAUCGACAUCUUCACCUCCAAGAAGCUCGAGGAGUUGUGCCCGUCCACCCACAACAUGGACGUGCCCAACGUCCGCCGCCAGGAAUACCAGCUCCUCGACGUGACCGACGACGGUUUCCUCUCCCUCAUGUCCGACGACGGCUCCACCAAGGAGGACGUCAAGCUCCCCGAUGGCGAGGUUGGUGACAAGAUCAGCAAGCUCUUCACCGAGGACGGCAAGGACACCAACGUCAUUGUCCUCACUGCUAUGGGUGAGGAGGCUGCCAUUGACGCCAAGGAGGCUCCCAAGACUGGUUAAAUGCUCAGUGUUGGACGGCCUGGGUCAGAAAAGUUGUGUAGCGGUCAAUUCAAAAGCAGGG